CGUCAAUAGAUUUUGGAUGAUAAAGCUGUUUAAAUUGGACUUCCUAUAAAAACUGUCAGUGUUCAGUAAAGUUGGAAUAAGAUUUGACGACUUCAACAGUCAUAAUGUCAAUGUUACCUAGAUCGGUGCCUAUCCGAUAUGAAAGAGACUUUUGGCCGAUGUCUUAUGAGCGUCGGAUGCCGAUUUAUCACGACUCUUUCCCCUCAUAUGACUAUAGAUAUUCAACAUCAAUGCAACCAUCUAUGGCAUCAUACAGAGAUCCGGUUCCAUUUGAAUAUGAGCGACCUUUGCAAGAAACCAGAGUGAUGCCGAGUAGCGUCGACCAUGAAAUGAGGCGAAUGAACGAUGAAAUGAAACGUAUGUGUGAUAGUAUGACUCGAAGUGUAGCAGUCGCUCCAGCACAGCCACCCAUCUUGCCAACAGUCGACGAUUGGCGACUUACAGAAAAUUUUAGGAUGGACAAUCCUAUAACUCAGGAACGUGAUGGUUCAAGAAAAUUUUAUCUAGAAUUCGAUGUUGCGCAAUUCAAACCUGAAGAAAUUACGGUCAAAACAACCGGAAAUCAACUGUCCGUUCAUGCUAGACAUGAAGAUAAGAACGACCCAAACAGAUCUGCUUACCGUGAAUUUGCAAGACAAUAUGUCAUACCAAAAGAGGUAAGACCAGAGUUUUUGACAUCAAAAUUGAGCGAAAGGGGGAAAUUGACCAUUGAAGCACCACUGCCAGCGUUAACGGGAGGGAGAGACAAGCUUAUUCCAAUUGAACAUAGGAAAUAACUCUAAUUGUUAAAAGACUUUUCUGUUAGCUUUAGAAACAGGAUUACUAAUGCUUUCUUGGAUUUAUAUUUUGACUUUUGUGGAUUAUAAGUGCCUUCACAGUAAGAUAUCUACAAUGUUGCUUUUUAAAUGACAAUUAAAUACUUUUAUAGAAUAUGUAUCUGGCCUUCAAACACAUUGAACCAUGUUGUAAUGUCUCUUUCUCUGAUUGUUGAAUUUGUGGUUAUUUAUGAAUUGUUUUAAGGUUGCUGUAAAUUAUACAAUUAAAAUAUGCUUGAUUUGCUAAAACUA